AUGGCGCUGGCCCGGCUCGGGAAGGUGGUUCCCAAAACCAGCAUCCUCUUCCUGUGCGACAUGCAGGAGAAGUUCCGGCCCAACAUAGCUCACUUCCCCCAGAUUGUGGCUGUGGCAGCGCGCAUGUUGAAGGGCGGGCGGGAGCAGUAAACCAAAAAGAAAAAACCUGCGGGGGCGGCCAAAGCGGUGAAGCACAAAACAAAACCAAAAACAAAAAAGGAUUCGACGGAAUGCCGCCCCUUGGAAUCUGCCGCCCCAAGCACGAGCUUGCUCGGCUGGUGCCUGGAGCCGGCCCUGUUUACGAGUGUCCUGAUGAAAACAGGACAGAAAGGGCCAGGACUAUUAGGCAGCUGCAGUUGCAGACGCUGGCCACUGGGUGGCGGCCUAACCCUGGAGGAUUGAUGGUGGCGCAGCUGCUAGAGAUCCCGGUGGUGGUGACAGAGCAGUACCCUCAGGGGCUGGGCCCUACGGUGCCCGAGCUGGGGGCCGAGGGGCUGAGGAAGUUCCCCAAGACCUGCUUCAGCAUGCUGGUCCCGGAGGUGGAGGAGGAGCUGGGGGCACUGCCCCACCUGCGCUCUGUGCUCCUGUGCGGCAUUGAGACCCAGGCCUGCAUCAUGAGCACAGCGCUUGAUGCUCUGGAGCGGGGGCUGGACGUUCACGUGGUGGCCGAUGCGUGCUCCUCCAGAAGCCAAGUGGACCGGCUGGCGGCCCUGUCCCGCCUGCGGCAGAGCGGUGCCUUCGUCACCACCAGCGAGGGGCUGAUCCUGCAGCUGGUCAGAGACGCCGCCGACCCCCGCUUCCGACAGAUCCAGAAGCUCAUUAAGGACCCGGCCCCGGACAGCGGCCUCCUCUCCCUGUUCCCAGGACAGAGCCCCGGCUUCAGCUAACCCUGUGGCCCCCAGGCUUCCCCACCCCCGUUCCCAGCACAUGGGGCAGGGCAGGGCUGGAAUAAACCCUUCAAUACAGUGA